AUGUCAUCGUCUAAGCCAUAUUCAUUUGUCGGACGAGAUUCGUUUGAUGAUCUAGAUAGCUCGUUGGAUAAAGCGUUACACAGCGCCACAAACAAUUAUUUUCAUUCUUCUAAUAAUAGAAGCAACGGCACAAGGAAUAAUUCACAAAGUUCUGUUAAUGCAAUAGCUUUAGAAACAUUUCGUUCAAGUAAUAACUUUGAUGAACACAGUGACAGUGUACCAUUAAUAUCUAAUUCUAAUAUCUAUUCACGUUUACAGAACCGUUCAAUUUCUUCAUCAUCCACUUCCCUCAAUAUAGCGGCAAGAUCAUUUUCAUCAAAAUUCAAAAAAUUUGUUCGAACUUUAGUUGAUUUCUUUAAAAAUGCAAAAAGGGAGUUGGAACAAGAAAGAAUUAGACUUUCUGGAAGUUCAGAUUAUAGAAACACGGACCAUUCCAAUGUGGCCGACGAACGAUACAUAUCUGCUAAAACAACAAACUUAAAGGCAAACAAUAUUUAUCCAAGUAACUCCAUUUCCAAUGCCAAAUACAAUCCUAUAACAUUUAUUCCAAUAAUAUUGUAUGAACAAUUCAAGUUUUUCUUCAACUUGUACUUUUUGAUAGUGGCGUUAUCGCAGAUAGUUCCUCAAUUGAGAAUUGGAUAUUUAUCGUCCUAUAUUGUACCUUUGGCGUUUGUUUUAACAGUGACAAUGAUGAAAGAAGCAGGUGACGAUAUUGCCAGACGUCGUCGUGAUAAAGAACAAAACCAAGAAUUGUAUGAGGUAUUGAAUCGAAAUUCUUCUGAUGCAUUAAGUAUUGAACCCAAACUAGUACCAGCUCUGGGAUUACGAGUAGGAGAUUUGGUGCGAUUACAUAAGGAUAUCCGUAUACCGGCGGACAUGAUUUUGUUGCAAUCGUCGGAGCUGACAGGUGAAGUGUUUAUAAAAACUGACCAGCUAGAUGGUGAAACUGACUGGAAGUUAAGAAUUGCAUGUGCUGCAACACAAGCGUCACAGAAUACUAAACAGAUUAUUGAUUCUGUUUCUGUAAUUGUAGGGAACCCUUCAAAAUCAAUCCAUCACUUCAACGGACAGUUGAUCUACAAGUCACCUUCGACAACAGGUUCAGCAUCCCCAAUCUCAAAUAAUGAAACAUAUGCAUUAUCUAUUGACCAAACAUUAUGGGCUAAUACAGUUUUGGCCUCCGGAACUGCGGUAGGUAUGGUUAUUUAUACUGGUAUUGAAACAAGACAGCUGAUGAACACAACUAAAACUGGGGUCAAAACUGGCUUGUUGGAGCUAGAGAUAAACGGUCUUUCCAAAAUAUUGUGUGCUGUUGUUUUUAUAUUAUCGUUAGUAUUGGUUUUAGCACAUGGGUUUCCCUUGAAAUCAGCAUGGUAUCUCGAUAUAAUGAGAUUCUUGAUUCUUUUUUCCUCAAUUAUACCAGUUUCCUUGAGAGUUAAUUUAGAUUUAGCAAAAUCAGUUUAUGCUUCUCAAAUCCAAAAUGAUAACUCAAUAGCGGGCACCAUUGUUAGAACUUCGACCAUUCCUGAAGAUUUGGGUAGAAUCGAAUAUUUACUUAGCGAUAAAACUGGUACUUUAACUCAAAAUGAUAUGGAGUUGAAGAAAUUGCAUUUAGGAACUGUGAGUUAUGCUGGUGAUGCUAUGGAUAUUGUUACCGACUACGUCAAAGUAUUAUUAAAGCAUUUGGAUUCUGGUCAAAAGAAAAAGGAUUUGAGCUCGAGGGUUUGUGAGCUUGUUUUAACGUUGGCUUUGUGCCACAAUGUCACACCGACGUAUGAUGAUGAAGGAGAUGUCGGUUUUGGUGAAGUAACAUACCAAGCUGCUUCACCUGAUGAAAUUGCUAUUGUAAAGUUCUGUGAGCUGGUUGGAUUAAAGUUGUACAAACGUGAUCGACACUCAAUAACAUUGCUCCAUGUGUACACCAAUAAGUUUUUGGAGUUUGAGAUAUUGUACAAUUUCCCAUUUAGCUCAGAAACUAAACGAAUGGGUAUUAUUGUGAAAGACAAAAAUAGGGAAGAUAUAUGGUUUAUGCAGAAAGGUGCUGAUACUGUCAUGUCAAGUAUAGUGAGCUCAAAUGAUUGGUUGGAUGAAGAGACUGGAAAUAUGGCCCGAGAAGGGUUACGUACUUUGGUCAUUGGUAAGAAAAAGAUAGGUUCUAAAUUAUUUAACGACUUUGUCGAUGACUAUAAGCAAGCUUCGUUGUCAAUGCACGACAGAGAUAGUGAUAUGCAAAAGGUCGUCAGCUAUUAUUUGGAACAAGAUUUGGAAUUACUUGGUUUGACUGGUGUUGAAGACAGGUUACAACAUGAUGUUAAAACUUCUAUUGAGUUAUUACGAAAUGCGGGAAUAAAGAUUUGGAUGCUUACUGGUGAUAAAGUCGAGACAGCAAAAUGUGUGUCCAUUAGUGCUCGGUUAAUUUCCCGAGGACAAUAUGUGCAUCAAAUUACUAAACUUUCUCACCCGGAUAUGGCGAUGAAUCAACUAGAAUAUUUGCGUAUUAACACCAAUGCAUGCUUGUUGAUUGAUGGAGAAUCAUUGGGCACUUAUAUGAAACAUUUUUCAGAUGAUUUUUUCAAAGUAGUGAUUAAUUUGCCUGCCGUUAUUGCGUGUCGCUGUUCACCACAACAAAAAGCAGACGUGGCUGUUGCGAUACGAAAAGUUACUGGGAAAAGAGUGUGUUGUAUUGGUGACGGUGGUAAUGACGUAAGCAUGAUUCAAUGUGCCGAUGUGGGUGUUGGUAUUGUCGGUAAAGAAGGUAAACAGGCAUCUCUUGCUGCUGAUUUCAGUAUUGAUCAAUUUUGCUAUUUGUCAAAGUUGUUGUUGUGGCACGGAAGAAAUUCUUACAAGCGUUCCGCAAAGUUAGGACAGUUUGUUAUUCAUCGUGGUUUGUUGAUAUCUGUUGCUCAGGCUGUUUAUUCUAUCUCAUCCAAGUUUGAACCAUUGGCUUUAUAUCAAGGAUGGUUGAUGGUUGGGUAUUCUACAAUAUAUACCAUGGCACCUGUCUUUUCACUCACUUUGGAUUGUGAUGUUGAUGAACAUUUGACAAAAUUGUAUCCUGAAUUGUACAAGGAGUUAACAUUGGGCAAAUCCUUAUCCUAUAAAACGUUUUUCAUGUGGGUAUUUAUUUCGUUAUAUCAAGGUUGCGUGAUUCAAUUGCUUUCUCAACGUUUGCAAACAUUAUUGGACAAGAGGUUUACUGCCAUGGUUGCUUUGUCAUUUUCAUGUUUGAUCUACAAUGAACUAAUUAUGGUUGCCAUAUCUAUUAACAAAUGGAACAAGAUUAUGGCCAGCACGAUAAUUCUUACUUUUUUGGCUUAUAUUGGGUCAAUUCCAUUUUUGCUGGAAUAUUUCAACCUCACUUACGUUAGUUCAUUCAGUUAUAUCUGGCAGGUUGGUUUAUUGUUAGUUGUCAGUUUGUUCCCGGUUUGGUUAGUGCAGUACUUAAACAGACGGUUAAGACCACCAAGUUAUGCAAAGGUUCAACAAGAUUAA